AGUCCGGGCGGCCUGCAGCGGCCUGGCGGGGCCGGUAACCCUGAGAGCCCGCGCACGUUUCGGGCCGACCUCCCCAGCUUUGCCUGAACAUCCGCGGUAAACGUUGCGUAAACCUCGCGCUGUGCGGUCGUCCGCGUUUCGUCGAGGGACUCGGGCUGGGCCCUUCUUCGCCGUCGGCCUGCUUGGUGUUGAGAGCGGAGUUAGUCCACUUGUGUAACUGCCCUGACAUUCAGAGGCCGCUCCGCGUGCCUCGAAAGUGCAGCCAUGAAUGAAGACAAUAUGGAUGGAACAAAUGGAUGCAGUAAAGUUCGAACUGGUAUUCAGAAUGAAGCAGCUUUGCUUGCUUUGUUGGAAAAGACUGGUUACAACAUGGUUCAAGAAAACGGACAAAGGAAAUUUGGUGGUCCUCCUCCAGGUUGGGAAGGUCCACCUCCACCUAGAGGCUGUGAAGUUUUUGUAGGAAAAAUACCUCGUGAUAUGUAUGAAGAUGAGUUAGUUCCUGUAUUUGGAAGAGCUGGGAAAAUAUAUGAAUUUCGACUUAUGAUGGAAUUUAGUGGUGAAAACAGAGGUUAUGCUUUUGUGAUGUAUACUACGAAAGAAGAAGCCCAGUUGGCCAUCAGAAUUCUUAAUAAUUAUGAGAUUCGACCAGGGAAAUUUAUUGGUGUCUGUGUGAGCUUGGAUAAUUGCAGAUUAUUUAUUGGAUCCAUUCCCAAAGAAAAGAAGAAAGAAGAAAUUUUGGAUGAAAUGAAAAAAUUUACAGAAGGAGUUGUAGAUGUCAUUGUUUAUCCAAGUGCAACUGAUAAGACCAAAAAUCGUGGUUUUGCUUUUGUUAAGUAUGAGUCUCACAGAGCUGCUGCUAUGGCUCGGAGAAAAUUAAUUCCAGGUACCUUCCAACUGUGGGGUCAUACCAUUCAGGUGGAUUGGGCUGAUCCAGAGAAAGAAGUUGAUGAGGAAACAAUGCAAAGAGUUAAAGUUCUCUUUGUAAGAAAUUUAAUGAUCUCAACUACCGAAGAAACAAUUAAAGCAGAAUUCAAUAAAUUCAAACCUGGUGCAGUUGAACGAGUAAAAAAACUUAGAGAUUAUGCUUUUGUUCACUUUUUCAACCGAGAAGACGCAGUAGCUGCUAUGUCUGUUAUGAGUGGGAAAUGCAUUGAUGGAGCAAGUAUUGAGGUAACACUUGCAAAACCAGUAAAUAAAGAAAACACUUGGCGGCAGCACCUUAAUGGUCAGAUAAGCUCCAGUCCUGAAAACCUGAUUGUGUAUGCUAACAAAGAAGAGAGCCACUCCAAAAUGCUAGGCAAGUCAUCAGCUCUCUCUGUUCGUCUCAAUGGUCAGCAUAGCCCAAGCCCCACUGAAAUUGAAAGAUGCACUUAUCCUUUCUUUCCUGGGACAAAGCUUACUCCAAUUAGCAUGUAUUCUUUAAAAUCCAGUCAUUUUAAUUCUGCAGUAAUGCACUUGGAUUAUUACUGCAAUAAAAAUAAUUGGGCACCACCAGAAUAUUAUUUAUAUUCAACAACCAGUCAGGAUGGGAAAGUACUCUUGGUGUACAAAAUAGUUAUUCCUGUGAUUGCAAAUGGAUCUCAGAGUUACUUUAUGCCAAACAAGCUCUGCACUACGAUAGAAGAUGCAAAGGAACUUGCUGCCCAGUUUACAUUACUUCAUUUGGACUGCAGUUUCCGUCGCAGCUCAAUAAAUAGUCUUUCCCCUGUUAGCGCUACCCUCUCUUCUGGGAUUCCCAGCGUGCUUCCUUAUACUUCAAGGCCUUAUUCUUAUCCAAGCUGCCCCUUGUCACCAACAGUAUCACUUGUUAAUGGCAGCCGUGUUGGACAACGACUAUAUAUCUCCAAUCAGGCCUCAUUCUUCUGAAGACAACUUAUAAACAUUAGUAUGAAAAUUACUUUGUGUAAAGCAUGCAAAGUAAAAUACUGUUUUAUUUUAGAAUCGGGUUUGCACAUUUGGCUUUAAAAAUAAUAUAUUCCAACAUACUAAACACCAGAAGUUAUUCAGAAUAUCAGAGUCGUAGAAUUUAUAAAAAUGCAAUGUUUGAAAAGUUAUUCAGUGGUUUUCAAACUGCUAUUCUUUUUAAACUUAACGGAAUUUUCUUCCUGAGUGGGCAAUAGAUCCCCGUAGUUUAUUUUUUGUGUGACUGCUUUGCAGAAUUUUCACAUAUUAAGCCACUUGAAAACAAUAAUUAUAUUAAAUUUGAUAACCAAGGAUCACUAUCUGUAUUGGAGAUUGGAACAAUUAUAUAUUAGGUAGAAAGAAAUGAUGAGACAAAAAGAUUAAGAUGCUAACUUUAUGCAGUACUAAAG